AAGAGGAAAAUUCAAAAAAAAAUAGUAUAUAAUCUGGAGAAAAUACGAAGGCUAGUUCUCCAGGAGAAAAACACAACACGCCAGUCGCUGGCUCUCGCUUUGAGAAAUAAAGAAGAAAAAUGGCACUUCUUCUCCUAUGUUGACGCGGAACAUGAAAAGAGAAUGGUAGUGAGAGAGUUGCAGCACCUGCGGCACCACCGGUCGUCGCCGCUGCUGCGCGAUGGGUCGUCAUUCCUUGCGUCACCACAACCAGACCAAUAUGAGACGAGCAACGAACUCCCCUGGUCCUCCGCCGUGCACAGUGCGACAACCUACCACAACAACCACAGGCGGCAUGAUGGCGGGAGGGAGCUUCUUCGCCACCGGACAGAUCGACUGCGUGUCGAGUCCGUUUGGGAAUGGGUUACCAAGCAUGCUUACGACACCGCAAGGGCAAGUCCAUUGUCACCACAAGAGCGCGGCGACCUGUUAUGUCUUCCUAGUUAGAUGAAUUCCGAAGCAUUGAGAAGUCAUACUGAAACGGACGGCAAAAUUGUAGAGUUGUACAUGUUGAUGCUUUUGUUGCAUACUCUCAAAUGAAUACGAGGGCAUCGACAACAACUCUUUGAAAAUGAUAAUUGAAGAUCAUUUUUCAUUGAUGCCUGUAAAUUCAUCUAAGCCUCGCAAUAGGAUCACGGCGUGCCUCACUGGUGUUAGCGGACACAUCCUCGGGAACUGAUAGCUUUUACGCUUAGAGGUGAUUUGCUUGUAGUAGCUGACGUGACUUACUUAAUAAUGUUUAUGCAGUUCUUGCAGGAGAAUUCAAGGACUUCUUGGUCUACUUGAAAUUCAUUCUCAAACAAUCUGUUCCCUAGAUUCGGAACACACAUUACUUAGAUUACCCCAUUACGUCCCUCACAAGCGUCCUUGACUCUUUUCUUCAAGGAAAUCCGUGAAGAACCGAGCGUGAUGAAUGUAAGUUUGCUUUAGACGAAAUCUCUAAGAAUGCCACUACAUGACUACGGUGGAGGGAUAUUUAGUGUGGACGCUCUUUGUAGUCUUUUUUCUGGCGCUUAUAGCGCUGGAUCUCUUCGUGCUGAACGCGAAGAACCGGAAAAUCUCAUUGACCACAGCAGCGGUAACAACGUCUAGUACGCUUACUUGAGCACAAACAGCCUCAUUAAAUUUACAUGAUAGAAAAAAUUCUCAAAGAUAAAAACUGAUUUUGCACAUGGAUCUCUUAUUUUUUUCUACAGUUGUAUGUAUCUAAUUAUCUAUGUUGUAAACUACACAGACAUAAUAUAAUAUAAUGUAAUAUAGAAAAUGUAGUUUGCUGCAGUCACCGUACAAGCACAUUCACUCAGAAUUUCUACGUACGCUUUCUGAUAAGCAGAAUGACAUUGUCUCCUCGCAACUGAUCUCAGCUGCAAACGAUGUUCUGGAUGUCUUGUGCUGGACUUUUCUGCUUCGUGCUAUAUCUUGCCUACAGCACCGAGGAGGCGUCUCGCUGGCUGAGUGGAUAUCUUAUAGCUUCACACUAGCUCUCUACUAUCAUGGAGGCACUUCAAUGGCAAUACACAAUAAUAAGUGCCAAUUAAUUAGAGAGUCGUCUACUUUGUUCUACUUCUAAUCUUGCUCCGGUGUGAACGAGCAGAUCCUUUCACCAAUUUAGGUAACAUAAGAAUGAGCCUGAUUCGCCUCUAAGCAUUUUCUGGAAUGGAUGUUGUCCUUUGACAAUCUGUUUGUUUUUCAGCUGAUUUUCCGACUUCAUGCUGUCCCAGAGCCGCUGAAGCACAAGCCUUUGAUAGUGGGUAUCCUCGGAGCGAUCUUUUUCAGGUUAGGACUAAUCGCUGUCGGAGAGUUUCUGGUGCACGGAAUAUGGGCUGCCCAUAUCAUCUUCGGGCUCUUUCUAGUGUACUUACUUCAGACAAAUGAUGGCUAGAACAAGCUGACAGGAUGACUUCUCAAAAUUGUGCUUUUUCCUACUUGUUCAAAUUCAGAUAGAGAUAUUAUCUAGUUACAACACAACCAAAAUCCUACUUCUAGCUCCCAUGAUUCAACACAAGAAAUUCGCUCUACUCGUCUAUACAGCUACACCGGAAUGAAUAGCAUCGUCGAGGAAGAGGACGAUGAUGAGGCAGACCCAACAACAUUUGUUAUGGGGAGGAUAGACUUCAGUACUUCAAGUGCUCUUGAUGUAUCGCAUUAUAGAUACGUAAUGCCCUUGAAAAGCAAUAGUUUUCUCUAAUUCUGCGUCUGUGAAGUGGCUGCAGGACCUAGUGCCUUUUGUGGGGAUAUACGAUCAGCAUGGGAGCUUCUUUUACGGCGAAGUCACAUUUUUCUUGAAUAUAGUCUGGGGGGCUUGAUAGAGGUUGGUAAUGUGUAGUCCCAACAUCAUGGCCAUAUCAAUACGCUUUUGGCGUAUCUCUGCGUUUUACCGUCACGAGAUAUAAUCAUUUCGCCACUUUACGCCUAGAAAUACCAAAGCAAUGACUCAUGUUCAUGAUCUCGAUCUGGUUUCCGGAUCAUUAGGUGUGACCUGUUGGCGAAAGCUCUAAUUUAUUAUGCGGGUACCAGUAGACAAAGACGGGAAUGCGGUAUAUCUCGAAGAACUAAAGUAUGUGGAGCCGGAAGUGGAUACGUCAACAUUGAGGCCUUGUUUUGAUUUAACAAUGAUACUUCUGCGAUAAUCAGAUACAUAGAGUACUUAAAUCGGUACCUUGGUAGCUAGCGAUUAGUUUGCUAGCCCUUAUUCAUUGUGAGAGACAUUUUUUCCUCUGUUCCGCUAGUGGCUGAUUAACAUGGACGCCAAACUACAGAGAAGUCCUCUGGAAUAUUAUCGUGCCUUGUCGAUCACUAGCAUCUUCACCUGUUUAGCUCUAAGGAAGAGUGAGGCCGAAAAAGAGAAGCAGGACGAGGACGAAGAACCAGGUGGCAUCUCAGCUUUCUUCGGUCGCAUCAGCGACGCUUUUGCAUCUGCACCCGUUGACGAGAAAGCGGCGCCGACACCACCACCCGAAGAGGACAUUACGGUGUUGAGUGUGGGUGUUUCUUUGAGUGCAAGAUCAAGAAAUAAGAAGACAGUAGCACGUUCUUGCUCUUUUCUUUUUCUUACGGAAUCGGAAGUACGUAGUAUAAUAUAUUACGUUAAUCAUAAGAUAGAGAUCUACUUCUCUCUGUUUCUUCUAAUAUCGGCGAGGAUCGUGAGUUUUUUCUUGGGCCAGGGAGCGACAUGGUCAUGUCAUCAGCGCCAGCACCGAAGAAAAAGGACGGUGAUGCGACGCAGAAAAAAGCCGACAUUAUUAUGACUUUCAAUGGAAUUCGAAACGGAUUGCAUCUGAUUGUGUGUCAUCAACUCCCACUUGAGUUGACAACAACGAGAUAACAUGACGGAUCUAAUCUUCGUGGCGCACACGAGGACGAUGCAUUGCAAAAAAAGGACGAAAAGAAAGCAGCUGGAGGAGGGAUGAAAUUCUACAGUGAAGGACGCUCAGAAUCGGGAGACGAAUCCUCAAUAAGGGAGAAAAUAGAUCCGGCUCCUUCGGGCAAGGUUUCUUUUUCAUACAGAUAAGUUUUACCUUUUGAUGCUCUGAAAGCGACUGUAUUGAUCUCACAUUCGCUUCCAAACGACAAUGAAUAAACUGUCUGAACAUGAUGACGAGGCCUCUUCAACAUUAUUUUUCUCAAUCGCGUGAACCAGCUACACCAUGCAUUCGCAGAAGAGAAGCAUGAUAGUGGCAGUUCUGGUUGGGCAUCGCGCUCGAUAGCUAGAUCUGGGUCCGCAGGAAAGGCUGCUGUUCCAGCGAUCAAGGAAGACUUGAAAGAUGUAGAUGCCGGGCGGGGAAUUUCAAUAGAUGAAAAUCACCUUAUGGGCAAAGGAAAAAUUCACAAGAAGAUUUAGAACAAAUUCUUAAGAGUUUUGGUAGUGUUAUCUUAGAAUGGUCAACUCCAGCUGCUCAGACCACAGCUAAUAUGUUUUGAAGCCAAUGAUUGCUGUCUAAGCAUUCCGGUGUGGUGGGCUACGAAACACGGGCAACAUUACUUUUUUUGGUUGUUGUUUGCCUGGAGGUGUGCGAUCUCAUCUUUGCCGUUGAUAGCGUCUCGGCGAUUGUAGCGCAAAUCGAUGACCUUUUUCUGGCAUAUACGAGUACUAUUUUCGCGAUGCUUGGGAUCCGAUGCCUUUUCUUCGUCGUCAACGCCCUUGCAAAUGUAGUUUCAUAUUGUGAUUUUUGUGUGUACCUCUACUUUUUCUUUCUGCUUUCUUAGCAUAAUGACUCGGAAUAUCUCCUGCUUUACAUCCCCAUCCGUGAAGCGUCAUGUUGUUGGGAUAUCAUUGAUUCUAUUAACAUCAUCUGCUGUCAGCUUUUUUCGAUGCUGAAGUAUGGCGUUUCGUUGAUCCUGAUUCUGAUCGGUUUGAAGCUUGUGUUGCAGAAUAUCAUCACGGUUUCACCUGUGUACGUCUGCGCCGGCCUGCUAGUGAUCUUGUUGGGAUCCAUUCUCGCAUCUGUGUUGAAGGAUCGCGUUUUCGAUGUGAAUAACGAGGAAGAAGAAAAGCAUGAACAUCACCAGCACAGGGAACACCGACACCACCGUCAUCGCAAAAACGGAGACGACAAGGAUGAUAAAGGGGCACACAAUUAUGGGGCACCUAUGUCUGAUGCUGCUCGCUCAUUGUUUAUUGGAUAGUCAGGGUUAAAUAUGCCAGUAGAUUUGUAGCAGGCAGCGGCUAGUACCUAAAUUUGGUCUACUCGUAGUACUUCCUUUCGUUGACUGUGACGGCGUGCAUUGCUCGCAAGACUAGCCUCAAACUAAAAUUCUAGGUCUAGUAGCUCUUCUAAGGAUCAAAAGAUGGUAAUGGAGACGGCCACGGCGGCGGCGGGCGAAGCGGUUCAUCGGGACAGGAGAAAGGUCGCGGCGGCGACGGGUCAAGUGAGGAACAAGAAGGUGGAAUUAAGGCAAACGGAGUUUACCUUAGAAGUUCAAUUUUCGUGUUAUGAAAAGAUAUCGAACUACUCCUCGGUGCAGCAUCUUCUAAUCCUAGUUUCAGCUCCUGGCUGGAUUUCCGCUUCUGUGUGAGUUGUUGUACUGAUGAAAAGAUAGUCAAAUCCUCCCCGGUGCAGCUUCUUAUAAUCCUAGUUUCAGCUUCUGGCUGGAUUUCCACUUCUUUGUGAGUUGUUGUACUGUCAGCCUAAGAUAUUUUGCAUUUUUUUUGGAAUCAUCUACUUAUUCAUUGUCGUCCUCUAAGAGCAAGGAUUCGAAUUCGAGCUCAUCGACGAACGGGGGCGAUAUGAAUGAUACUACUGGAACAGGCACGGGGGGUGACUUAUCGACCACCUACUCCACGUCGAUUAUCGGAGUGGAUUGUCCACCUGUUCUAUCGAGCACGAACCAAACUGCAAGUCCGCGUACAGCGAGCCACAUAAGAAGUGCAUCAUCCGAUGCCAGACGCCAAGGAGCAGGCCCUUCAUUGCAUAUAAGACGGGUUGAAAACGAAGUAGUACUAGAUUCUUUGUUGUUACACCAAGAAGUAGCGGGAAGCCAAGCUAGUACAACCACGCCUGGUGCAACAUCAAUAGGAGAUGGGGUCGUGAGAAGAGACUCGCAUCAAACUAAGAGAGGAGCAACAAGGGGAACGCAAGCACAACAAGUCGCCGAAAACAUAGUUGAAGUUAGCGACCUUGGGAAGGGCGACGUUGGUGAUGGUGGCCCGCCGGACCAGCGCGGCAGCCACGAAGGGGGUAGCCUCGACCGCGCACGGCGAAAUGAAAAGGAAGGUGAAGAUGCAGUAGAAGGUGAAGGUGAAGUUCUAGAUCAGAAUAAUAUCCCUGCAGCCAGCACAGCAGAAUCGACGACUAAAUCGUUAUUUCGACGGGGCCGUCCCAGAGACGGAGUCAAUACAGCGUCAGAAAAACUUCGUCAUAUUGUUGUAGACAGUGGCGAGGCAGGUGGGGGCUUCUCCGACUUUUCCGAGGACGACGGAAGCCACGAGGAGCGGAGAGCCCUGGGUCCCUCACAUACUGCAGUAGACGUUGGAGGCACUCGGCCGUGAGAACAGACUGUCUUCACUGGUUGAAAAAAUGAUUUUGUGAAAAAUCCUAUCUCAGUCAGUACGCACUCAGAAAAUGAACGAAUCGGUAGCGAUAUGCGCUGAUAUCGUUUUAUUUGUCCUAGUACAUUAAGAUUGAUAACUAAACCUAAAGAUAUAUCUAUAUAAGUGAUUUGAUUGGACCAACUAGACAUUCACAGUUACAGACCAGCCACACGCGUGCAAAGAGAAGACGUCGAUAAAGGGCCGGCGACGCUGCACGUAUGGUCGUGUUGAAAUUCAUUCUUGACAUGAUUCAAAGACAAGUACUAAGCUAUGCCUUUUUACAACCUAGACUUAGACUUCAUUCGCACAGAAAAAAAUGAUCGUACAGAUAGAGAUAAGUCACUCAUUGAUACUUUGACCAACUGAUCGCGCAGAUUAAUUGUAGUUAAAGAAAUGAAGAUCGACAGACACAUCAGAAGGGGAGUUAGUUUGACUAAGUUAAGGCUUGAAGAAAUUCAUCUUCCCCAGCAUCUUGUUUUCUUUUUGAAGAGAAAACUGGCACGAAGAUGCUCACCAAGAUGGAUUUCCAUUUCUGCAAGGUCUAACUAAGACACGACGCUUCAUCAUGAAAGGGCGCGCUCUGGACUGAAAAAGAAAAAACAGCGCGUGCCCGCUCGUGCUUGUGAUUUACCCUGGUUUCUCCUCAAACGAGGCAUAUUUGUUGCUUUUUGUCUCUGUAGUUUAUCAUGUACCGAGGCUAUAUAUACCAAGAAGUACUGCGAGGAAUAUGGCAGAUUAGUGGGGACCACCGAGCUAAUACGCCAUGCGAUAUAAGGUAUGAUGCGCUAGCCUUUUCUUCGUUGUGCUGCUCAUUUAUUUAUUAUGAUUGCGAGCACCAUGUGAUCCAUGAUGUGCAUCGGCAUUUUGAUCAGAGGAAUUCGUUUUCGGAGAAAAAAAAUAUCCAAGCCUCGGUAUGGGUAAUGUGAAUGAAGGUACGGGCUCAGAAAGUUAAGUCAUUAUAAAAUAUGUUUGUUUUAGUCGCUUCCUUCUAUCACUAUCGCUAUCCAUCGUUGUAGUAGUUGCUGGUGCUCCAGAACAAGAUAUGAUUUGAUUUAUAGUAGGCAAGACGGGCCGCUUGAUUUGUGCACAGAGAAUGAACGCUUUUACGAUCACAGUAAUGAAAGAUGCAUCUCAACAUUGUGCUUUAUAGAUUCUAUCAAGAAAAAUGGUCGUGUCCUCGUCGGUUCCAUUGUAUGUUUAAAUAGAAGGAAUCGAGCAGUUCAACUUCAUCAUGAGUUACAACUUAUGCUCACAGUCAUCUUCAUCAUGAUCAAAAAUUGCUCUUAUUUGGUUGUUCUUUUGGUUCUGUCAUAAAAUGUCAUCCAGGUUUCUUUUGCCACCUCAGUCCAAGUACCUAUUUCAACCACACUAAAACACAGUGGAUUGCCUCAAGUAUUACAACUGUCACCUCCUCUUGCUUUUUUUGAGCAACUGUCUGACAUUCUUGUCACAAGAAGCUUAAUGGCGAUAUGAAGAUUAGGCCUG